GUAUUACGUAGAAUCACCAGCACUUAGUUCAACACACUCCAAUUGAGUCUUUGCCGGUCUUGGUCUUUGCUACACCUCUUUUUGUGACCAGCCGCAAAAUGGCGACCAGCGAGCAGGAGAAGCAAGCGCACGCAAAGGACUUUUGGAUGCAAGCAGCAAUUACCUAUGGGUACAUUGCGCUAUGGAUCUUCCUCUCCGCGCUUGUCAUCAUGGUCAACAAGUAUGUGCUGGCGUACGCGCACUUCCCGUUCCCCAUCGCGCUGACGCUGACGCACAUGGCGUUCUGCUCGGGGCUGGCACUGCUCAUCAUAAAGCUGGGUCUGGUGGACACAGUGCACAUGGACUCAAGCACCUACUUCAAGAACGUGGUGCCCAUCGCGGCUCUGUUCAGCGGCACGUUGUGGCUGGGCAACGCCGCCUACCUGUACCUAUCCGUGGCCUUCAUCCAGAUGCUCAAGGCCACCAUGCCCGUGACCGUGUUCCUGGUGGGCGUGCUGCUGGGCACUGAGAAGUACUCGGCGCUGUACGCGCUCAACAUGGUUGUGGUGGCGGUGGGCGUGGCGGCGGCGUCCUACGGCGAGCUGAACUUUGACCUGGUCGGUGUGAUCUUUCAGUCGGGCUCCAUCGUCACUGAGUCCUUCCGCCUCUGCCUCAUCCAGCUGCUGCUGCAGUCCCGAGGCAUCAAGCUGAACCCCGUCACCACGCUCUACUACAUUGCGCCCGCCUGCUUCGUAUUCCUGUGCUUCCCCUUCACCUUCAUCGAGGCGCCAAAGAUGCUCAACACCACCGACUGGGCCGUGCCGGUGGGCUGGCUCAUGCUCAGCGCGGCGGCCGCCUUCGCGCUCAACAUGUCGGUGUUCCUGCUGAUCGGCCGCUCCAGCGCGCUGACCAUGAACAUUGCGGGCGUCAUCAAGGACUGGCUGCUCAUCUUCCUGUCCGUGCUGCUGUACAAGUCGCCUGUUGGUCAGCUGCAGCUGAUGGGCUAUGGCGUGGCGUUCCUGGGCGUGUGCUGGUACAACUACCAGAAGCUGCAGGGCGCGCGGCCGCCGGUGCCCACCACCAAGUCCAUCCCUGAUCUAGAGAAGUCGCCGCUGCUGCGGACAAGCAACAGCGAGACCGGCAACAGCCGCAACAACUAAGGGGGAGGCAGAGGAGUAGGGCGAGAGAUAGCAACUUAGUAUUCGGGGCACUCCGGAGGUGGAAGGGAUUAAGCCCUGUAGCAUCUGUGAGAGCUGGGUGUAUUGCAGUGACUCGUUACUGAAGAGACUGUGAAAAGAGAGCUGUAGAGAACCCGCCCGCGGCGCGGGUCAAAUGCGUUGCUAGCUUGAUAGGUCAUGCGGAUGUGUUAGGGCCAAUGUCGGACUGGGCUUGGGAGAGCAUCUGCAUUCUCGAGCGAAGCGGUCCAUUAUCAGAGAGCGAGUCGGCAUUUCGCGUGCGACCACUGCCAGAUGUCACGGAGCAGUCCUGAAAGUGCUGCUGGUGCUGGCCGAGGAGGUCGGCAGUGUCAUGUGUGGCGAAGAAUCAAGGCGAGUCCUGGCGCGCGCUGCCCUCGUGCCACCGGCACGUGCAAAGUUGGCAGCUGCGGUGGUGUUACAAGAGUUGGCAUGGGAUGAUGGCACACAUGACUGGGUGGCUGACGGAUGCCCGGGUCGUUAGCACCACGGCACGUCAGACGCCUGUGCUUGCAGGCUACCUGCAUUGCGAGGUGUGCUCGGCGACACCACGCACCCUACACAACCACUGGCUCAGCAUUUGCCCAUACAGACUUACACGGAUAGUGGACAGGCGACAGGGCACAGCUGGCGUCUUCCGCUUUUCUACUGCGCUAUCAAAACAGAACAUACGGACAUGACAGAAACCCCACCACCUGUGAUCAAAUACGCAGUCUCCGUGCCCACCCUUGCCAAGCGAAACGUGCAUCCCUUGGUUCCCUAGUGUUGAUGAAUGCAGCAGUGUAUCCCCCGACCCCACGGUGCCUGCCGGUCACAUCUCGACAGAGUGAACCUCUAGCCCCCGGUC